CCCGGAAUCUGAGGCCCGCGGGGCCCCCGACCGAAGAGUGCGAGGCCCCCGAUGCCACCCCCCGGCGGCGCCUCUGCCGCAGACAUGGAGAAACUCAGCGCGCUGCAGGAGCAGAAGGGCGAGCUGCGCAAGCGGCUGUCCUACACCACGCACAAGCUGGAGAAGCUGGAGACGGAGUUCGACUCCACGCGCCACUACCUGGAGAUCGAGCUGCGGCGCGCGCAGGAGGAGCUGGAGAAGGUCACGGAGAAGCUGCGCAGGAUCCAGAGCAACUACAUGGCGCUGCAGAGGAUCAACCAGGAGCUGGAGGACAAGCUGUACCGCAUGGGCCAGCACUAUGAGGAAGAGAAGCGAGCGCUAAGCCACGAGAUAGUCGCCCUCAACAGCCAUCUGCUGGAGGCCAAGGUGACCAUCGACAAGCUGUCAGAGGACAACGAGCUCUAUAGGAAGGACUGCAACCUAGCGGCCCAGCUGCUGCGGUGCAGCCAGACCUACGGCAGGGUCCAUAAGGUGUCCGAGCUGCCCUCGGACUUCCAGGAGCGAGUGAGCCUGCACAUGGAGAAGCACGGCCGCAGCCUGCCGUCCCCGCUGUGCCACCCGGCCUACGCCGACAGCGUGCCCACCUGUGUCAUCGCCAAGGUGCUGGAGAAGCCGGACCCCGCCAGCCUGUCCUCCCGCCUGUCAGACGCCUCCGCCCGGGACCUGGCCUUCCGCGACGGGGUGGAGAAGCCGGGGCCGCGGCCCCCCUACAAGGGGGACCUCUACUGCAGCGACACGGCCCUCUACUGCCCCGAGGAGCGGCCGCGCGACCGGCGGCCCAGCGUGGACGCCCCCGUGACCGACGUGGGCUUCCUGCGGGCGCACAACUCUGACAGUGCGGCCGAGGACGACGAGGAGGCCGAGGCCGCUGCCUUCCCCGCCGGCUUCCGGCAUGAGGCCUUCCCCGGCUACGCAGGCUCGCUGCCCACGUCCAGCUCCUACUCCAGCUUCAGCGCCACGUCCGAGGAGAAGGAGCACGCGCAGGCCAGCACGCUGACCGCCUCGCAGCAGGCCAUCUACCUGAACAGCCGCGACGAGCUCUUUGACCGCAAGCCGCCCGCUGCCGCGGCCGCCUACCAGGGCAGCCCACGCUUCGCCAAGGCCACGGCCACGGCCACAGUGGCCGCCCCGCUUGAGGCCGAGGUGGCCCCCGGCUUUGCGCAGACCAUGUCCCCCUACCCAGCGGAGUCCUUCCGCUUCCCAGCCUCCCCGGGCCCCCAGCCAGCCCUGAUGCCCCCCAACUUGUGGAGCCUGCGAGCCAAGCCGGGGUCGGCGCGGCUCCCGGGGGAGGACCGGCGUGGCCAGUGGCGGCCGUUGAGCGUGGAGGACAUCGGCGCCUACUCCUACCCUGCCACUCCCGCCGGCCGUGCCUCGCCCUGCAGCUUCUCGGAACGUUACUACAGCAGCGGGGGCAGCCCCAGCAAGCAGGCCGAGGGCCGCGAGCCCCUGUACGCCAGCUACCAGGCCGACAGCUUCUCGGAGGCCGAAGACCUCGCGCCUGGCCACCUCGCCGAGCCCUGCUUCCUCCGGGCCGGCGGCGACCUGAGCCUCAGCCCCAGCCGCUCUGCCGACCCGCGGCCCAGCUACGCGCCCAGCGAGGGGGACGGGGAGCGGCUCGGGGUGCAGCUGUGCGGGCCGGGGGGCAGCCCCGAGCCUGAGCCCACCCUCCACAGUUCCAGGGACUCCUUGGAGCCCAGCUCCAUGGAGGCCUCCCCGGAGAUGCACCCUGCCGCCCGCCUCAGCCCCCAGCCGGCCUUCCCACGGACUGGUGGCUCCGGGGGGCUCAGCCGUAAGGACAGCCUCACCAAAGCCCAGCUCUACGGAACCUUGCUCAACUGAGCGCCCGCGGGCAGGCCGCGGCCACCCCGCCACCGCCAAGGCCCGGCCCGGCCACCCAGGACCCCUCCUCCACCCGAGCGCUGGAGCCUGCCCGGAGCUCUCCCUCCACCGUCUGGUCGCCCCAGCCCCCACAAGGGACUCCCCUUUGGAACGUUUUACACACACAUCCUGCCCAACCUGAGAUGAGAAUUCCCCCCUUUUAUAAAGUGAAACUAUUUUUAUAGCGAAAAAGGGUCUUUCUUAACGCACUUGCCUCCAGCUCCCUGGAUGGCAGCCUUGGCGUUUUCAACACAAAGCUCCUUUAUUUUUCUGGUGAGGGCACGUGGGGCCUGCCCCUUGGGAGGGCAGGAUGGUGUCCUGGGGAGACCCAGCUCCCCACGGGGGAGACACCCCAGCCAGCCAGUGACAAGGGAACCCCGAAGCUCUGUCUACCAAGAGGGGAAUUGGAGCGGUGAAGGGAUGUGACCUGUGUUUAAACUGUCCUCGCAGCGUGGCCGACGCCCCGAGCUCUUCCGUGGUCCGCAGUCCCGAGUGGGGCCGGUGCUCGUCCCCCAGCGUCCCGCUCCCCGGCACCACCUCACCCUACCUCAGAAGCGAUGAGGCCUCUGCCCCUGGCCCGGUGUUGCUUUCUGUCGUCUGCAUGCAUGCCCCGUCUCCGUCAGUGCUGUAUUUUGCAUUCGUUAAUAAAAGACAAACGUGG